AUGAAGAAAGAAAAGAAAACGCAUGCUUUACUCUUUGUCCUCCUGCUUCACUUCACCUUGGCAAGGCAAUCAGACUAUGCUCCAUAUUUUUAUGAUAAUGGACCCAGCAGUACACAUGGGAAUAUGGCCUUGUUCAGCAUCUCUGAGGAUACACCAGUCGGGACACAGAUAUACAUUCUGAAUGGUACAGAUCCAGAGGGGGAUCCAGUGCGAUAUGGUCUGACUUUUGAAAUGGGCUCAAAAGAAUAUUUAAGGGUUGACUCUAAAUCAGGAAGGGUGACUCUGAUUCAGGAGCUCGACAGAGAGAAGCAAGAUGAAAUCUCAGUGAUGGUGAGCAUAACAGAUGGUCGCAAUAAAGUUGUUGAGACAGUUAGAGUGUUUGUCACUGAUGCCAAUGACGAACCACCUGAAUUUCAAAAUCUGCCUUUCAUCAUUGACAUCCCAGAGGAUACUGCUCCAGGAAGUAGCAUCUACAAAGUCCAAGCAGCAGAUAGAGAUUUGGGCUCAGGAGGCAGCGUGUCAUAUUAUUUACAGACCUCACCGUUUGCUAAGUUUACCAUCGAUGGGAACAGUGGGAUCCUAAGAGUCAAACCUGGUGAGACUUUGGACUACGAGACCACGCCUACUCACUUUGUGACCGUGGUUGCAAAGGACGGAGGUGGUAGGUUCAAGGGGAAGCACCAGGUUUUGACCUCUACAGCCACUAUGACUAUCAAUGUACUUGAUGCCCAAGACAUGUCUCCAUCCUUCAUAGGAACCCCUUAUUUUGGCUACGUCUAUGAAGUCUCUGUUCCUGGUUCUGAAAUAUUCACAGUGUACGCUAAAGAUGGAGAUCAAGGAAACCCUAACGCAAUAUAUUAUUCCAUUAUGAAUGGUAGUGAUGGCGUCUUUGACAUAAAUAGCACCAGUGGAUGCAUCACCCUGUCAACUUAUCCAACUCUUCUGAGAAAUGAAUUAUAUGAAAUUAUAGUCAAGGCUUCUGAGGUAGGACCUAACGAUCAGCUGCAGGACUACGAUGUUACCAUGGUGACGGUCCGGGUGGUGGAUCUCAACAACCAUCCUCCGACCUUUUACGGACAGAACGGACCGCAGAGCAAGUUUGAGGUCACAAUGCACGAGCAUCCUCCUGCAGGGGAGAUCCUGAGAGGCUUUAAGAUCACCGUCAAUGACUCAGAUCAGGGAGCAAACGCUAAAUUUAAACUGAGAUUAGUGGGGCCGAGUCGAGUGCUGCGAGUGGUUCCCCAGACAGUCCUCAAUGAAGCUCAGGUGACCAUCAUUGUGGAAGACACAUCUGGCAUCGACUAUGAAAAGGGACAAACUCUCUCUUUUAAGCUGCUGGCGGUGGAGAUCGACACUCCUGAGAGGUUCAGUGCAACAGCUGACAUAGUGAUCAAUCUGCUUGACACCAACGACAACGUCCCCAAAUUCACUUCUGAGUAUUACAUCGCCAGGGUCCCUGAGAACUCUCCCGGAGACUCCAGCGUUGUGUCUGUAACGGCAAUUGAUCCAGAUUCAGGGCCCUGGGGUGAAGUCAAAUACACGAUUUAUGGAUCAGGAUCAGAUUUGUUUGCCAUCAACCGGUCAUCAGGCCUCAUCACCACGCAGCCCUGGACCAGCCUAGAUGCAGAGGUUAGGUCUAAAUACAACUUCUACGUCAAGGCUGAAGAUUCAGAGGGAAAGUACAGUUUGUCUGAAGUCUUUGUCACCGUCCUCGACAUGAACGACCACUCUCCAGCAUUUGAUGAAAAUCUCCUGGAAAAGACCAUGAUUAUUGGUACACCUGUCAGAGUAGAGGCAGUGGAUGAAGAUGCAGAGUCCCCCAACAACGUCAUUGAAUACUCCAUCAUGACGGCCGAUCCUGACAAUGCGUUUGAUAUUAACGCAGCCACUGGAGAGAUCAAACUGAAGCCGUACAUCAAGUCCAUGGAGAUUGUGCAGAACAUCACCAAGCAGAAGGACUGCAAGUGGUCUCUGGUGGUCCAAGCCAGGGACAGGGGCUCUCCAUCCUUCAGCACAACAGCUGUGGUCAACAUCGAUAUCACAGAGGCGACUCCUCUCAAGGGGCCUAUGGCGGCCUUUUUAAUGAAAAAUAGGGACAAUCCUAUGAAAGUUCUAGGCAUGGUCACUGUUAUCAUUAGCUUAUUGGUAGGGGUGACCGCCUUGAUCUCUGCAGCUAUGUACAUGCGAAAUUCAAAGUCAAACAGGAUCAUGCCAGCACGUCGCAUCAUUAAGAGGCGACCCAGGGACCAGCCCUGGAUCUUCAACAUGCCUGUUGUCAAAUUCAGCAACCCUGCAGAUAAGUUCCUUAUUGUCAACCAGGAGAGAAGCCCAAAGCCUCCGCCCCCCAGCGCUCCCCCGCCCCCAUGUAUCACACGGCCAUAUGAGAGGCCCCGGGCGGUCCCAACCAUAUCUGGUGUGCUGGCCUCCAAAGGUUCCAAAAAAGCUAAAUCGAAUCGCCGUAAAGAGGGAAAUAUGAGCUCUGCUUUGGUGUCAGAGCUUAAAAUGAAGCUUGAGCAGAAAAUCAUUGAGAGCAACCAAGGUUAUUAUUAA